AGAAAGAGCAGAAAGAAAAGGAAAAGAAGGAAAAUGAAAUGAGGAAAAAAUUUAAGAUCACAGGCCAGGAAGAGCCCAUUUAUCAUGUUAAAGUGAUUGAGGACUGUAAGGGCCGUAAAAACGACCUGCCGGUGAAGGUUGGAGAAACCGUGAGCAUCAUCCGCACUAACAACUGCCCUAAAGGAAAAUGGCUGGCAAAGGACAGCAGCAACAAAUACGGCUACGUCCCGGUGGAGAGUGUGGACUUGAACAUCAAUGGCAUUAUGGAGCUGGGGAAGAUGACAACGGCAUCUAACAGAUCCAACGGCAACGGACUCAGAGACCCAGAGGUCACCAGUACAGGCAGCAGGACCUCGGAGCAUUACGGCAUGAACCAUGAGAGCUUUUCAGAGGACAGUGAGGAGUGGACAUGUGAUGAUGAUGACCCCGUGUUUGGCUCCGCUAAUGAAACGGCGCACAUAGGGCUGAAUCAAUCACAAGACACACCAGCUCAAGAUCCUGUUCACCAAGACCAAAGUGAUUCAAUGUAUAUGAACAUGCCAAGAAAACAGGAAGCGAUUCAGAAACUCUCCACAUUCUUUAUGCAACCCAAGACGUCCUCUCAGCCUCUUCCACGAAACAACAGCCCAAUAAUGCCAGAGCUCACACCAGAGGAUCCUGACAGCUUAAAUAAAGAGGAAGUCGGGUUAGAUGGGUCAGACCUCCAGAUCCUUCCUCCUCCGGACCUGUACGCCGACAUCGUAACUGGAGACCCCAUGCCUAUUUACAGCAAGCCAAUCAAACUCAUCUCAAAAUAGUCAAGUAACUCCGGCUGCGAGAGGAUCUUCGCCGUUUCUGAGUUCACAACCCUCCUGUGGGCUGUGUUUUGACGAGCACCGCGGUAAAUGUCACCCACACGAGCUCAAGCGGAGACGCGUCUGUCAAGUGGGGAGAAUUAUGUUUGUGAUUGUGCAUCAGUCUGGAAGUGGCUGCAGGCGAGUUCUUCUAUAUUCAUGUUUAAUAUGUUCAUUUAUGUGGAAAAAACCAAAAAAAGAGGCUCAUGUAUGGUGUGGUGAGAAGCUGCAUUAUUUAAAGCAUUGCAUCUGAGUGUUAGUUAUGAGUUCUGUAGCAAAGACAGUCUGAUCGUUUUAAUAUCCAUAAUUAAGCAAUCGACAGAUGAAAAUAACGUAACGGUUCCUAAGUCAUUAUUUUUGUGGUAUCAUUUGCUUAGGAGUUUAGGAUCUCAACCUAGAGGUUUAUAACUACACUUUGUAUUUGUAUUGGAUGAAUUAGUAUUAUAUUAUUUGUUUUAUAUUUUGCAAGCAUGUUUAAGUAUUCCCGCUCUUCAGGGUUACUCCGCAUGAGGGAAAUUAUGCUUGUAAUGCAAGUUUAAGUGCUGUUUAUUUUGUAACUCUGCUGCAUGUAUAAGUUUUCUGGUGAAGACAAUAAAUCACGCGUUUGUGCAUCUUCA